UUAGGACAGUAUAAAAAUCUUUCGAAACCCUUUUGCAUACUGAUGGACACUUUUCAAGAACUCGAAGAGGAGAUCAUUGCUUACAUGUCCAAGAUUUGCCCCAUAAAGACUGUGGGACCACUUUUCAAAGACCCUAAAACUUCAAUCUUAAAUGUUCGUGGUGACUUCGUUGCCGUCGAUAAUUGUAUUGAUUGGCUCGACUCCAAACCGCCGUCUUCCGUUGUGUACAUUUCGUUUGGCAGUGUUGUUAAUUUGAAGCAAGAACAAAUUGAUGAAAUAGCAUACGGGAUUUUAAAUUCAGAAGUUCCAUUUUUGUGGGUCAUGAAGCCGCACCGGGAAAAAUUAGGCCUCCCUGGAGUUGCUUUGCCGGAAAAGUUUUUGGAAAAAGCUGGUGAUAAAGGCAAGAUAGUGCAGUGGAGUCCACAAGAACAGGUUUUGAACCACCCAUCUGUUGCCUGUUUCGUAAGCCACUGCGGAUGGAACUCCACCAUGGAGGCGCUCACCAGCGGCGUUCCGGUGGUGGCGUUUCCUCAAUGGGGUGAUCAAGUUACUGAUGCAAAAUACCUAGUGGAUGUGUUCAAAGUUGGAAUUAGAAUGUGCAGAGGUGAAGCCGAGAACAGAAUAAUUCCUCGAGAUGAGGUUGAGAAAUGUUUGCGUGAGGCCACGAGCGGCUCGACGGCGGAGGAAAUCAAAAUAAAUGCACUCAAGUACAAAAAAGCGGCGGAGGCGGCGGUGGAAGCCGGUGGGUCCUCCGAUAAGAAUAUGCAAGAUUUUGUAGACGAGAUUAUCAGGAUGCAUGGCUGAUCUUUCACGGCCACAACAAUAAUUUGUUCUUACUUCGCAGCAUCGAAACUUGAGACGUGCGUAACUGUAUCAUGUGUUACGUAAUCGGCACAAAUUUGAAAAUUAAUGUGGAAAGUUGCAUCUAUAUUAUAUAUUAA